AUGUGUGAAAAAGCAUCCAUCAGCGCAAUCACUUCUUCAGAUCCCAUGUCUAUACCUGCUAGAUUACAAGUUGAUAUCAAUACCGUACAGGGAGAUGAUCGGCCACAACAAGUUGGAAAUCAGGUUUUCAAUAUAUGGUACCUCAAAUGGUCAGGUAGUGACAACUCAGCAUCCAACUCAUUCACCAGGUCCAAAUUCAGGGUAAAUAUAAGUAAUGAUCAAGGGUACACUAGAGCAAGGAAAGGAGAUCCAAUUUGCUUGUUCUUUAGUCGAGGCUGUUGCUACCAAGGGUCAAAUUGCAAAUAUUUUCACAGAUUACCAAUUUCAUCGGAUAUCAAAGAUGAGACACGGGAUUGCUUUGGGCGAGAUAAGACCACAGAUUACAAUAGCGAUAUGGAUGGGGUAGGAUCAUUAAACCACAAGAACUGCACACUUUAUCUCGGUGGGCUACAGGUAAGGCCCAAUCUAGAAUAUUUGAUCAAGAAGAACUUUAGAGAAUUUGGCACUGUGGAAAAGUUGAAGGUGAUUCAAAAUAAAAGAUGUGCAUUUGUCACAAUGAAAAACGAAUACGAGGCACAAUUUGCCAAGGAGGCAAUGGAUAGACAAACACUAGGACAAAAUAGUGCCAGUAAUAAAGAGGUGCUACAUAUUCGCUGGGCACGCCAGAGCCACCAGAACCACCAGAACCACAAGGAUAGCAAUGCAGAUACAAGACCAAAUCCUGAAAAACGAAAGUCUGACGAGUUGGUUGAAGAUUUAGCCACUACAAGCAUAAAUGAUGGUAGAAAAAUUAACAACAAUAAAAACGGAAACAAUAGCAAAAAUUUAAUGAAAAAAAUCAAACUUUGUGAGGAACUGGAUUCCAAAAAUAAUUCAUCCACUGAAGCUGUUGUUGAAAUUGAAGGUCCUGACCUGGAUGACGAAGCAGGAGCAUUUGACGAUGACGGCGAACUGCUACUGCUGCCUCAUCACCACCACCACCAUCAUCAUCAUCAGCAGCAUCAUCAUCAUCAGCAGCAGCAGCAGCAACCUCAGCGGAACAUACAAACACCAGAUACAUUUGAGGAAGGAACACUCAAGACAAUGCCGCAAAUUGGCACUGAUAACCCCAAAGGUUUCAACCAUCAUGGCGAACAUAACUAUGGAUACCCCAAAAUGGAACGUUACGCCAGUGCUAAAGACAAGACAAAUGAUGAAGAAAAAAACAGGAUAAAAGCCGGUUAUGCAAGCGCUAAUAGCAUUCUCAAGGAUUCGGCUCUUAAUGAUCUUGCAAGAAUAAAGAAGAAACUUGUGCUUAAGAUGAUAGAACCGAGUUUGGUGAGUGUUUUGGGUAAUUACUCAAGUGAUGAAGAUGAUGAUUGA